CUUCAAGAGUUGUUGAGGCCGAGUUGUCUCCGCGGCGUUUGGCCACUGAGGGAGGUAUUGAGCAUAACAUUUCUUUUUAAAAAAAAGGAGUGAGAGAGAAGUGGGAGUGUUUAGGGAGUGACCGGCGACGUGAAUAACUCAAGUGGAGAAAGAGAAGAAUUUGUUUUUCCCCAAAAAAAGAGGCAAGCCACAAAAUUGAAAACAACAGCAACAAAACAAAAAAAAACACACCAAAGAAGGGACGGAAUCAACUAAUUUAUUUAUUCUUCAAUAAGAAAAUAGGGGCCUGGAAAAUGGCCGGCGACAGCGGCACAUAUGAGGUGGUGACCAGCCGGUAUUUAAAGGACAGGGAUGAGCCGUGUUUCCCCGGCUCGGAGAGAGGCAGCGGCGGCGGUGGGGAGCUGGGCAAAGGCGACGACGAUGAGGAGGAGGAGGAGGAAGAAAAAGAGGAAAAAGAACAUUCUGGAAGGAAGGUCGCCGGCGCCUACUCGGGCGAUCCGACCUGGGCGGCCUCCGGUUACGAGCUGAUCGACGGCACCUUGUACCGCAAGAGGCUGGAGAGAGGGGCGACCAGCUACACCGAGGUGCUGGUGGCCCCCGCCGAGGAGCAGCGGCGGGCUGUCAUCGCCGCCUUCCACCAGCAGCCGGCCCCCGGGCACCGCCACUGCACCAUGGAGGAGACCUACAAAAAUGUUUCCGAGAACUACUGGUGGGAAGGGAUGUUUCCGGACAUCAGAGACUAUGUCCAGGGAUGCAAUCAAUGUAAAGAUGGAAAAGAUAAUCUUCUGAUUUCAGAAGAAAAGCAUAUAACUCGUGAAUUGCCUACACACUGCACCAAAGUGCUUGAGAGACUGAACAAUCAACGCUCUAAAGGCCUUUUUUGUGAUGUAACUUUGAUAGUGGAGAAAACAUCCUAUCCAGCUCAUCGUGCUGUGUUAGCAGCUGUUAGUGAAUACUUCCAGGAUCUGUUUUCAGAGAAGGGAUCUACUUCUAAUAAAAUUGUGGAUUUGAAAGGCUUCAGUAGCAAGAGUUUCCUUCCGCUGUUGGAAUUUUCGUACACAUCUUCGUUGUCACUGAAACCGGAUUAUUUUGCUGAGACAUCUGCUUUAGCAAGACACCUGCGGAUUUGGGAAGUGGUUGAGAUGUGUUCAGCGUUGCAUAAAUUCCAUGGAACAGGGAACAACAAAGCACAUGAGGAAAGCAACGAAGAGAAAAAGGAAUUUUCUUCAUUUGAAGCUUUUAUUGAUCAGUCUUUAACUGGAGCUAGACAGCAUGUUUCAGAUAUUUGUUCAAAGUUAAGUCAGUUAGAAGAUGGCACAACACAUCAAAAAGUGGACAGAAAUGUAUUCGGUGCAAGAGCACAUUCAGCAAUGAUUCAAGGAGAAACAAAAGUCUCAGAUUUUACUGUUAAAUUUCAAGAAAUGCAAUCAGGACUUCUCAAAGACAAAGUGACUCCAAUCCAUUGUGAAACCUCUGCCAAUAACCUUGAAGCAGAAACAUUGGAGAGUUCAAAUCGACGAUUUAAAUUAUUUGACUUUUAUGAUAAAACUCCAUCUAAAAUCCUCUCAAAAGUUAAAUCUCUCUCCCCACAAAGAUGUCCAUCUGCAAAUAAAGCAUUGAGUAGUGUCCCUAAUUCGCUAGAUUUUAGAUUAGCUGGCAUGUCAAGAAAUGCUAGGCAAAGAAAAUGCAACUUUGAGAAAGCUCCCAUAAAAUCCAAACCAUGUACAAGAAUGUCAAAGCAUUUGAAUCGUAACAUUGUCAGCACUCAGGACAACUCUGGUUGUAAAGGAAUGAAUGCACUUCUCCGAUCACCUGUUAGACAAAUGACCACUGAAGAAGAACUUUAUUCUCCUAACACAACAGAGAAAUACAAAUUGCUUAGUGUUUUAGGGUUACGGAGGAAAACUUCUGUUGCAGAUGGUGAAGAACAGGCUGGUUGGAAACAAAAGAGAAGACUUAGACAGCCUAAAGUAAAAAAUUAUUCAUUGCUUACUGGGACAAAGAGAAGAAAAAUAGACAUUGCAAAAACUCAAUUGCAAGAUGACUGUAUUAAAGCAAAAGCACUUGCCAAUUGUUUUGUUGUCAUUGAAAAGAUUCUGCCAUCAGUACAGAAACAAAAAGUCGACAAUCAAAAAUUAAACAAAACAAUGCUUGCACUAAACAAAUCAAAAUCUUUAAGUCGUAAAAAUAGUGUCUCUCAGGGUCACGCCAAAAAGGAAAUGGCUUGCAUUCCAACUAAGACACAAGUAAAUAAUCCUAAAGCUAAACCUAAAAGCCGAAGCAGUUGUCUUGACAAGAAAAUCCAGCAUGUGAAUAAAUUUAGUGAAGGCAAUAGCCAGAGGAAUAUACCUUUAACAAAGAAAUCACAACACUGCAAAUUAGAUUCCAGUAUUUUGCCAAAUGUAUUGAGGAAUAGGAAGACGUUCUGCAGAGAAGACAGGAAACAACAAACAGCGUUAUCAAAACCUCAGUCAAAUGACAGCAAGGAUACGGAAGGCAGUUCAUUGACUAGAAAAAGUAGAAGAUGUGCCAAUUAUAUGUCUGUAAAAAGUUCUCCCUUGCAAGGAAGCACAACAUCUAAGGUCUCACCCUGCCUGACAGAUGGUGUACCUAGUGCCAGACGGAAGACGAGGCAUUCAUAUAAUUCAUCUUUGAAUUAUAGCACUUGUAACUUAACAGACUUGGGUAGCAAAAUACCAAGUUGCCUGCAAAAUGCUACUCUCAGAAGAUGUGCAUCUAUCAGAAUGCUACCAAAUUGUUCUAGAUCAUUAGAUCAGACUCCAAAACUAAUGGAGUCAUUUUCUGAUGACACUUCUAUGACCAUGUCAUCCAAAACUGAGACACAAGUUCUGGAUGAGAAUUCUUCAAAUCAACUGUCUGAGAAAGCAGUGGUAGGUAAUGUUCAAAAGUUUAAAGGGAAAUAUGAAGGGAAUAAAGUAGUUCCAAAUGUUCACCAAAUCACUUGUGGAGUGAGAAAUGAGCAGAAGAGGAUGACUCAACUAGAUAGGAAGCCAGUAGGAAAUGACCAGCCUGUGCCAGCACAAUUGAGGUCUAAGCAGGAGACAAAGAAACAAGAACAGUUAAAAACUGUUUUCAAGGACCCAGGAAAGCAGGCUAGAACUGCUCCAUGUGAAAAAAUGCAAUCUGGAAGGAAAGUUAAAAACACAAGGUGCCGAUCUUUAGGUGCUGAAAACCAAAAUUCAGGUACUGUAUUGCACAACAUUCAAACUGAUGGAAAUAUUCCAGUACUUGGUAAAAGAAAACACAUACCAACACAAAAACUGAUUGAAGCUGGAUUUUCUUUUGGAUUUUUUAUGUCUCAACGUGAGAAAAGAACUGACAUACUCCAGCUACCCAAUCCAACCAAAAGUAAACAAUUUGAAUUGUCUCCUAGUUGUACUCUGAAGGGUAGCUGUGCACCUAAAGCAAAGGUGGAUGUGAAAGAUUCUAAGCAACCCAUCAAACAAACACUGACUAACACAAGGCAGAACUGUUGCAUGACUAAACGUGGCAUUGGAGGAAACUCAUGCUCAAAAAUUUCAGAAAGGACAAAAAGUGUAGCAGCACAAAAUAAUAAAAUGAAACUAGUUGGCUUGUAUGCAAAGAAGCUAAUAAAUUUGAAUAUUAAGAAUACACUCUUGGAUAAAAGGGCAAAGCAUCCUAACAUGAUAAUGAAAGAUGAACAACUGUCUACCUCGCAGAAGGCAAUAAAGUUGCAAAGAGUAGCCAGAGCUAGUUCGAAGCUCAUAGGUUCCAAGGACCCACCAAAGAAUUUGCGGGGAGCUGCACAAAUACUGAAGAAAAUACAACCAAAAAUUAGUGCAUCAUUAAAACUAACAGCAAGAAGAAAAUCAGUAACUGGAGGAAAAGUUAAAAAGACCAAAGUUUCACAAUCCCAUACCUGCCAUGAAUGUAGCACAACAUUUAUAAACUGUGACUCGUUGUUUGUGCACAGAAUGAAACACAUUAAGGGGAAGAACUGGCAGUGUCUGUUGUGUGAUAAAUCGUUCUUUCGCCAGAAGAACGUCCAAGUUCAUCUUCGCUGUCACAAUGAGAAGCUGUACAGAUGUAGACAAUGUAUGACAGAAUCAAAGAAAUCAAAGUCAUUUCAUGCCAAGCGGUGAGAAUUAUUGGACCACUGUAUGAAGGUGACAUAGCGAAAGUUAAGAGCUAGAGACUGAUUCAUUGGGAUGUAUUUAAAUGAGUUCAUUCCACAGUUUGAAAAAACAGGAAUUAUGAGAAGAUGGGCUGAAUUUCAUACGUACUCUGGUGCUUACAUUUCCAUGAGUAUACAAGAUAUCUAUUGAAUCUCUUAGCAACUUAAUCAUUUCUCAAUGAGGAAAACUUUGUUAAGCUAAAUACACCCUCUCCCUAGAAAAAUUCAAGCCAUUUUAAAAUUAUAUACCUUACUCUUAAAUGUGCUAUUUCUGAUUUUUGUCCCAAAACGGAGGUCUCAUUUGAUUGACCAAAUAACUUGACUGCAAGCACUGCAACAAAGUUGCAGGGUAAAAAUAAUCUGGGAUGAGUAAAACUGUGCCUUUGAAAUGAAUUGUAUACAAUAUAAAAAUACAAUAUAAAUAUACAAUAUAAAAAUAUGGUGGUUACUAAAGCCCCUCAGUGGGUAUAAAACAAAAGCAUAAAUGAUAUCUAUGCACUGGAGCUUGGAAACUAGUAACUUGAUAGUUAGAAAUUUUAUUUGGUGUUGAUCUGUGGUUACAGUUAUGUACUUGCUGAUGUGACCAUUACUGCUAUUAUGAAGCAAUUGUGCAAAACACUGUAAUGUUUUGUAGAUAACUGGAGAUGAUUACGGUUGUAAAUAUUACAGAAAAAUGUAUGUUCAGUCUAUAUUUAAAAGAACGUGGUUACCCAAUCAACUGUCCACACUUAGUUCCUAACUAGUGAACAAUCUUAUUUCAUUCAUGCUAUAAAUUUAUAUUUAUGAAUCUAAAUGUAUAACUGUAGUUUUCACUACUUGAAUAUUUUUAAGACAUGUUCUUUGAUGUAUAUGUGAAACUGUUGCAUGUUUUAUCUCAAAUAGAAGUGUACCAGCUAUUUUUAAAGCAACAAACUUUUUGAAUUUUUGCAAAAAGGUGCUUACUGUUUUAAGCCUUGAAGAGAAAUUUUAAACAGAAAAAGCCAGUUCAUGUUUUGGGAAGUUUUUUCAUCCAAUCAAACCAGUCUAGUGAUAUCUGAUUUAAGUAUUUUGAAAGUAUAUUACCAGCACUCUGCAUCUAUGCACAUGAGUGUGCACUCUCACCCAGUUUCUCAUCCACUCAGGUUUUGUUCAGCUGGAUGGGUUUUAGAGACAAACAGUGUGAAGAUGCAAGACUAAAUUUUUGUUGUACUUAUUAAAUUUUCAAUUUCUUGCAAUUUUUAAUAUUUUAAUUGAGUUUAAUAAUCAUUGCUUGUCUGAAAAGACUGGAACAAUCGUCAUCUCAGUGUCUUCUUAACUAACAUGUUGAAAUGAGUUAGGAAACUUGAGCCAUUUUUACUGUGGAAUUAGGGUCAUUUCUAAAUUAAAUCUUUGUACCGUGUAAUUGAAAACUAGAUGCUGAAAAUGCUCAGCAUAUCAGGCCACAUCUUUUGAGAAAAAUUGACAUUUCAGCCCUUGAACGCUGGUGAUUUGUCACAUUGCCCUUUAAGCGCCAACUCUUUCUACAGGUCCUAGCUGCCUUGCUGAGAAUUUUCAAGUAAUUUUGUUUUAUUUUAUAUUUUCAACUUCUGCAGUAUUUUGAAUUUGUACUAAAGUCUUUUCAACAUGGUCUCACGAUCUAGUUUCCAAUCAGUUGUAUUCUUUUGAACCAUUCACUGUGUGAAUUAGUCUAGUUUCAAAUUAGACCCCCUCUAAAGUUUCUCUGUUUUCUUUAUAUGUGCAACAUGUAGUCUUAUGAAGGUGGAAAUGACCAUGAAUCUAUUAUUUGAAAUUGUAUUAACAAUUUGCUUAAAAAUUGCCACUGUUGAAGUCAUCUCAAAAUUAUACUACACAUCCUAGAAUUUGUUUACAAUGAAAGAAGUCUUACUUUGGCAAGCUAUUAGUCACUGCAUAGACUGCUUAAGAGGCUACAGUCAUUUUUAAGUUUUGAAAUCUAAUCUGCCAAUUACUUUAAUUGAGCAAAAGAAAAUUUACUAGCACAAGUUACUAUAUUCGAAACUUUGUUAAAUGAUAAUUUAGGCUAAAUUUUAUUUGAAGGGAAAGAUAUCGGAGUACACAAAGGACAAUUGCUGAACAAUUUGAUGUGAUUUUGAACAUGAUAAAUAUUCCUUCAGUUUAUCAUGUUUCUUUUCUCCUUUAGUCUCAGGUUCAGAAUAUUCUAUUACAGGGCUCUAUAUACUUAAAAAAAACACUGCUUAAACUUAAGCCACAGUUUAUAUUAAAAAUGUCCUUCAUGUCACUGGUGUGUUCAUUGUGCGCACUGGUUUUCACAGGUCUUUCCAGGAGUAAUGAGUUAAUUUUUCUCGUAUGUAGUGAUGUGCAACUAUGUGGUGACUUGUUCCCUUAUGAAAAAAGUGUCUCUUGAACUGUUAAAUAUUUGCUGUUGGAGAUUGAAUUUGGUUCCCAUUCCAAAUAUUUUACACUUUCUAGGAAUGUACAUUUUGUAUCAACAUUAGCAUCUAAAAUUUUGUACAUAAAAAAUUUUAAGGCGUUUUACAGCGUUGAGGAUUUUAGGAUAUAGAUUUGAAAACCCCAGUGAAAGAUGAGUGAGAUGGUUUUUUAAUUUUACUAUUUUGUAAUUUAACUUCUGGCAGGUAGAAUCAGACUAGAUUUUUAAGUAAUGAAACCUUUUAAUCUAAUAAGGUGCUUGUUACUAUGUAUGUUUCACAGAUUCAUGUAUGUGAUUUUCGCCAUUUCUAAUAAAGGUAUAUAUAGCACUAUAUGUGCCUGUUGCACGCACUGUUCAAAUGCUGUAUGCUGCUUUUCAUUAAAACAUAUAGGAAUUUACUUUUCCUUCCACAACAUCUGAUUAUACUUAAGCAAUUAUAUAACAGCUGUAAAAAGAUAAAAAAAGGGAUGUUAAUUUUAUAAUUUGCUUUACAUUUGCCAAAUAGAAUAAAGCACAUUGUAAAUACUACAAUAAUGUGAAGGUAACCACAAAAAUAAAGAAAGAUUUAAUAACUACAUAUGAUUUCUGUGGCUACAGUUUUAGUGAAGUGGAAGUUGCCAUAUGUUAACAAUGUACUUAACCUAUUUGUAAACUUAGUUUCCAGAUAGAAGAUGAUCUUUGUUUAGUUGUUUACUUUGCUCUUUUUAUGUUGCACACAGAGCCAAUAAAUAUUUUCCUGAGGUAAUCUGUUGCUGGUUCUAGUUCAGAUGGUAAAUUAAGUCUCAGCCACUACGGUCGUCUUUUUAUAACUUGUGUUCAUUUCUCAAACUCAAAUGACUGCCAUCCAGAUUAAUACUAUAAAUUAGGUUACUGUACUGAAAAAUCCAGUACUACUGGAUCCUUUGCCAUUGCAAUAAGCAUAAAAAAGCAGCAGGUAGGUCAUUAUUGGUCUUACAAUAGAAAUUGCCCACUGGAUAAGUAGCUAGGCAAGGCUUUUGUUUCUGGCACCACAGCCAUCUCAU